CAAAGUCCACACAGAUAUUCCGAACCCAAUCUCUGAUCUUGGGAGAAGCUGAACAGUUAUGAUUCCCGCCAUAUUAUCAGUCUUACACACAAGUUCUCCGAUCUCAACUAACUUAACGGUCACAUGUUCCGGUCUGAACACCCCUUCUAAUCCUAAGCCCUCUCUCCACAGAACCCUUACAUCUCUCUGCAAAUCCGGCAAACUCAACGAAGCUAUCGGCUUGAUCGAGAAAUCCUCACCGUCCGAUCUCUCCAAUCCCAAGGCCUUCUCCAGCGUCCUUCAUGCCUGCAUCUCCGCUCGAUCUCUCCACCAUGGCCGAAAACUCUGCUCCCUGGUUCUCGGAAACCCUAAUCUCCGUGAAGAUUCAGAGCUACAGAGCAAGCUCAUCACCCUGUUCUCUGUUUGCCGCGAAAUGGAUCUUGCUCGGCAAAUCUUCGCCGAUUUCUCCGGCGGCGGCGUUGCAGAGGAAGUUUGGGUGGCGAUGGCGAUUGGCUACUCCAGAAAUGGUUCACCGCGAGAAGCGUUGCUUGUGUAUGUUGAAAUGGUGCGCAAUUUCGUCGAACCUGGGAAUUUUGCGUUUUCGAUGGCGUUGAAAGCGUGUGCGGAUCUGAAAGAUAUCUGGGUCGGUAAAGGAAUCCAUGCCCAGAUCGUGAAAUGGAGGGAGAAGGCUGAUCAAGUGGUGAAAAAUGCGCUUCUGAAGUUAUACAUGGAAUGUGGUUCUUUGAAAGACGCGGGCAAACUGUUCGACGAAAUGCCUCAGAGAAAUAUUGUUUCUUGGAAUUCGUUGAUUGGGAUGCUUUCAGAGAAAGGCCGGACCUGUGAGAUGUUUAAUCUGUUCAGGAAGAUGCAAGAAGAGAGAAUUGGAUUUAGUUGGGUGACCCUCACGACUAUAUUACCUGUUUGUUCACGAGUCGCUGCCCUUACCACGGGGAAAGAAAUUCAUGCACAGAUUUUGAAAUCGAAAGGAAAACCCGAUGUUCCAUUGCUUAACUCGUUAAUGGAUAUGUACGGGAGAUGUGGCGAGGUUACUUAUUCUCGGAGAAUCUUUGACAGAAUGUCGACUAAAGAUUUGACUUCAUGGAACACAUUGAUCAACUGUUAUGCUACCAAUGGAAACAUGGAAGAAGCGAUAUAUAUGUUCGAUCAGAUGGUAGAUUCAGGUGCUACGCCUGACGGUAUCACCUUUAUCGCCUUGUUAUCUGGGUGUAGUGAUGCAGGGCUCUUGGAAUAUGGUCUAAAGUUAUUUGACCAAAUGAAAACCGAAUCCAGAAUGUCGCCUAGCUUGGAGCACUAUGCCUGUUUAGUUGAUAUUUUGGGUAGAGCUGGUAAAAUCGAUGAAGCGGUCAAGGUAAUAGAAUGUAUGCCCUUUAAGCCAAGUGGGUCUAUUUGGGGAUCACUGCUCAACUCUUGCAGGCUCCAUGGGAAUGUCUCUGUAGGAGAGUUUGCGGCAAAGGAAUUGUUUGAUCUUGAACCCGGUAAUUCCGGUAACUACGUUAUGUUGUCGAACAUAUAUGCAGAUGCCAAGAUGUGGGACAAUGUGGAUAAGAUCCGAGACAUGAUGAAACAAAAGGGGAUUAGAAAAGAAGCCGGUUGCAGUUGGAUACAAGUGAAAGGAAAGAUCCAAACUUUUGUUUCCGGGGGUGGAUUCGAGUUCAGAAAUUCCGUCGAGUAUAAGAAAGUAUGGAGAAAACUAACGGAAGCAAUGGAAAAACUUGGCUAUGUUCCAAACACACGUGUAGUGCUUCAUGAUGUUGAUGAAGAAACAAAGGCGAAUUGGGUUUGUGGCCACAGCGAGAGGCUGGCUACGACCUAUGCGCUGAUUCGCACGGGCGAGGGUACUCCGAUUCGGGUCACUAAGAAUCUCCGAGUUUGUCCGGAUUGCCAUUCGUGGAUGAAGAUGGUAUCACAGAUUACAGGGAGAGUUAUAGUUCUCAGAGACACGAAAAGAUUCCACCAUUUCAGCGGUGGAAUGUGCUCAUGUAAGGACUACUGGUGACUGGUGAGUUUUCCAUCCCUAUUGCAUUGACAAUUUAUGCAAAUUUUCAAUAAAUAUCAUUUUUUUCCC